AUGAUGUGAAGCAAACACUUCUUUGGGAAAAACGACUCAACCUCCUUUACGUCAUGAGACUUUCCGCGCUAAAUACUGCUUCUAUAAAAAUACUUCAAAGGCGUUUAUUGGAAAUAUGAAUUUUAAACUCGUGUGUGCGAGUUUUGUGACUGAAUCACAUGAGGAUCUCAGCAUUCGCACUGUUUUUUCGCUCAGACAGGAGGCGGUUGGAGGGGGCAUGUAUUAACGGGUCUGUAUUUUGUACGUCCACCCGGUGACACAGGAAGUAGUUUGCAGCUUUUGUAUUUUGUGGGAUAAUGAAGGUAAACCACAGGUCACCGUAGACUGAGAGUGGACAGGGAGAUAAACAAGGACGCACAAGCUAAAAUGCCUUUAAACGAGUAAAACAUGUUGUUUACGAGGAUAUGCAGACUGCUUCCUACUGUGUCACUGGCUUUACCAAGACACGUAGUUAUCCGCAGAAGCAUGGCCUCAGACCCAGCGGUGACCGAGACCACCCGGUUUGACUUCCUGGUGAUCGGCGGCGGGUCUGGAGGUCUGGCCGGGGCUCGGAGGGCGUCAGAGCUCGGUGCAUCCACCGCCGUCAUCGAGAGUCACAAACUCGGAGGUACCUGCGUCAAUGUUGGCUGUGUCCCAAAGAAGGUUAUGUGGAAUGCUGCCGUUCAUGCCGAAUUUCUGCACGAUCACGGUGAUUACGGCUAUGAUGUUGGAAAUGCCCGUUUCAGUUGGGAAGCCCUCAAGGCCAAAAGGGACAAUUAUGUUAGCCACCUAAAUCGCAUUUAUCGCAACAAUCUUGACAAAGCUAAAAUCCAAACAAUUCAUGGUCAUGCCAGGUUUACAAAUGAUCCUGAGCCCACUGUUGAGGUCAAUGGAAGAAAGUAUACAGCUCCUCACAUCCUCAUCGCCACUGGAGGGCAGCCUUCUGUUUUGAGUGAAUCUGAAGUUCCAGGUGCAAAUCUGGGGAUGACCAGUGAUGGCUUUUUUGAGAUUGAGACUCUGCCAAAGCGCAGUGUGAUCGUGGGUGCAGGUUAUAUUGCAGUCGAGCUGGCAGGCAUCCUUUGCACCCUUGGGUCUAAAACAUCCCUCAUCAUUCGACAGACAGGAGUUUUGAGGAACUUUGACAGCCUCAUAAGCACAAACUGCACCAAAGAACUGCAGAACGCGGGUGUAGAUCUGUGGAAGAACUCUCAGGUGAAAUCUGUGAGAAAAACGGACAGAGGGCUGGAGGUGACGCUCGUCACUAAAGACCCAGAGAAGAAGAGCGAAGAGGAGAAGGUCAGAACCAUCCAGGACGUGGAUUGUCUCCUCUGGGCCAUCGGCAGGCAGCCCAACACCUCUGGACUGAACAUCGGAGAGAUGGGUGUGGAUACAGAUGAAAAAGGCCACAUCAUCGUGGACGAGUUUCAGAACACCAGCAGACCAGGGAUCUACGCAGUAGGGGAUGUUUGUGGCAGAGCUCUCCUCACACCUGUUGCCAUAGCUGCUGGAAGAAAGCUGGCACACAGACUGUUUGAAGGCAAGAAAGACUCCAAGUUGGAUUACUCCUGUAUCCCCACAGUGGUGUUCAGCCACCCACCCAUCGGGACAGUGGGCCUCACAGAAGAGGAGGCGAUUAAAUCCAGAGGGAAGGAUAACGUGAAGGUCUACAGGACUUCUUUCACCCCCAUGUAUCAUGCCAUCACGAGCAGGAAGAGUCAGUGUGUCAUGAAACUGGUGUGUGUGGGCAAAGAGGAGAAGGUGGUCGGUCUGCACAUGCAGGGCCUGGGCUGUGAUGAGAUGCUGCAGGGCUUCUCUGUGGCCAUUAAAAUGGGUGCUACCAAAGCAGACUUUGACAAGACUGUUGCCAUUCACCCCACCUCAUCUGAAGAGUUUGUCACAAUGCGCUAAUGCAAACACACACCCCAUGCUUUUCUAGACACCCAGACCAACAUACCAGGGCAGAGUCUCUCUUCUGAAUCACUCUCAUCAGCUUGACGACUUGCUUUCUACAACUACAUGCUUCUAUUUUCUCUUAUUUAGUGACCUUAUUUGUGCGCAGUGUUUUUAUUUUUUUAAUGGACCAAGACUGAAUUAUGGCCUUCCAAAACUGUACUGUGGGUCUUGAUUAUUGAUUGAAUAUUUCAGAUUCCAUUUUGAUGAUUGUGAAAUGGAAGUGAUUGAUCUGCAGGUAUUUUUGUCAAGUGAUUGCACAGGAAGUCAAAAGACCUCCCUCCUAGUGUAUGUGUUUGAUUUGUCAGUCAUUUGUUAGAUUAAUAUCAUAAUCACUGCUUCUAUUUAAGGCGCCUAUUUACAAACAAUGCAAGGUCCUAAUGCAUAUACUGUACUGUCCUAAGAUUCAAUAAACCUACAGGUUCUUUCUUAAA